AUCAAACCAUGUGAGACAGCUCGUCUACAAAAGCUCUGAAAUAUGUUGGAUUGCCCAUAUUUCCUGGGAGGUGUUGACCGGCCGAAGUCAGGUCGCCCACAGCCCGAAAUCAGCACAAGUUCAGGAGCAAACUUCUACCUAAUUGUCCAUCCCCAGCGAGAGGACGCCCAGAUUCAACUUGUCAGCUGUGACUGCCCGUUAGUAUCUGGAAGAGAUCCAUCAGCUAAAGCGGAAUUUUAAAGCAGGUGAGCACGGAAAUCCCAGCAGAACAGUGCAGCAACUUUAACCCGGGACUAGAGUACCACCCGGGGCGGCUUGACCAGUCCAAGCAAGGAGGUCUUGCUGCCAAUGGACAUCAGAGAGGUCCCUUAAAGUAAAGGCAUGGCGGUGAUUCUCCCCCGAAACAACGAGAUCUCUCCCCUCAACUCCGAAAAAGAGGCGUCGGAGCCAAGUAAAGAGGAGGAUUACAAAGAGAAUGGCGCGUUGAUUAAGAACUCCAUUUCCGGGCACAAACUUUCGGAAGACGGCGAUAAGGCUCCCUCCGGCAGCUUGGAGAAAGGGGACACGGGCCGUAUGUUCAAUGGGUACUCGGCGGUGCAGAACCCGGACAGCCCCGGCGACGGGGACCGAGCUGCUCCCGUGGCCUCGGCUCCGCUGCAGGCGCCGGCCGCUGCCCGGGAAACCUGGAGCAAAAAAGCGGACUUUUUGUUCUCGGUGAUCGGCUACGCGGUGGACCUGGGCAAUGUCUGGCGUUUCCCUUACAUCGCGUACCAGAACGGAGGCGGAGCCUUUCUCCUUCCCUAUGUCCUGAUGGCAGUGUUUGGAGGCAUCCCACUCUUUUAUAUGGAGUUGGCAUUGGGACAGUAUCACAAAAAUGGAGCAAUUUCUAUAUGGAGGAAAAUAUGCCCAAUUUUCAAAGGGAUUGGAUAUUCAAUCUGUAUAGUAGCUCUAUAUGUUUCCUUUUACUACAACACCAUUAUCGCCUGGGCUGUGUACUACCUCUACUCAUCAUUUACUUCUGAGCUCCCGUGGACCAACUGUAACAAUAAAUGGAAUACUCAGAACUGCACCAACUACUUUCUAAAAGAUAACGUCACCUGGAACAAGUACUCCACUUCUCCUGCAGAAGAGUUUUAUAUUCGCCAAGUACUUCAGGUUAACAAAUCAAGUGGAUUGGAUGACCUGGGUGGCAUCUGCUGGCAGUUAGCACUUUGUCUGUUCCUUAUAUUUAUUGUGGUGUAUUUUAGUAUUUGGAAAGGUGUAAAGACUUCAGGAAAGGUUGUGUGGGUAACAGCCACUUUCCCCUACGUUGUACUGUUUAUUCUCCUGAUACGGGGUGCCACUCUACCUGGGGCCUGGCGAGGACUGCUCUUCUACCUUAAACCUGAUUGGAACAAACUGCUUACCACCGAGGUGUGGGUGGAUGCUGCUGCUCAGAUUUUCUUUUCGCUUGGCCCGGGAUUUGGUGUGCUCUUGGCAUUCGCCAGCUACAACAAAUUCAGUAACAACUGUUACAAGGAUGCUUUGGUUAUCAGCGCUGUGAACUGCUUGACCAGUUUCAUGUCUGGUUGUGUUAUGUUUACUGUCCUUGGCUACAUGGCAGAAAAGAGGAAUGAAGAAGUGGCAGAUGUGGCCAAAGACACCGGCCCCAGUCUACUUUUCAUUACUUAUGCUGAGGCAAUCACCAAUAUGCCUGCAUCCACAUUUUUCGCUAUAAUAUUUUUCCUAAUGUUGAUCACAUUAGGCUUGGACAGCACGUUUGCAGGCCUGGAAGGAGUGAUAACAGCAAUACUGGAUGAAUAUUCAGAGCUACUUCGAAAACAUCGUGAAUGGUUUGUGCUUGGCCUGCUCAUAGUCUGCUAUUUGGGAGCUUUGAGCACCCUUACAUAUGGUGGAGCAUUUGUGGUGAAAUUUUUUGAAGAAUACGCUACUGGAGCUGCUAUCAUUGCUGUUGUUUUUCUAGAAUCAAUAGCAGUGUCUUGGUUUUACGGAAUGAAACGUUUCUGCAGGGAUGUUAAAGAAAUGCUUGGUUUUAGCCCUGGCUGGUACUGGCAGAUAUGCUGGUUUGCGAUUAGUCCACUUUUCCUACUGUUCAUCAUUGGCAGUUUCCUGUCAACCCCUCUAGAACUUAAGCUCUUUAGUUAUUCAUAUCCCUAUUGGACUACAGUAGUUGGCUACUGCAUUGGUACUUCAACAUUUAUCUGUGUUCCAUCCUACAUGGUUUACAAAAUUAUAAUUACUCCAGGAACAUUUAAACAGCGAUUGUUAAGAAGUAUCACUCCAGAAGUUGACGAAAAUGAAACUCCUAAUUCUGGUAUCCACCUGAAUUCUGUUUGAUAUAACCAUGAUGGGUCUUACCUUCUUGGACUGACUGCUCAGAUCAGUCAAUGAUAUUUGAGAGGUCAAACUCAAACCCCAAAUUAUUAUGCUACACAUUGUUUUUAUAAUAAAUGAGUACCAGUGACUGGAGACUGUUGCUAUGUCCUAAAAUGAUGUAUUUUGUGUAUUUUGAAGCAAUUGGUAUUGUAAUUAUAGUCAAGCAAUUUAUUGUUGAAUUACAACAUCAGAAUUUUUUAUGACCAAGCUGCCAAAGCAACAUUUCAAAGAUAAUUAGAAAUUUAGUUUUAACAUAAGAUGGAGUUUGGUUUGGUUGUUAAAGGUUACAUGAAGUCAUUGUAAUUGGCUUGUGUAUUUGUUCAAAAGUGAAAAUUGUUGACUUUUAGUCCAAGUGUAGUCAUGAACCUGAUUUUUGAUGUAUUUGAUGGAAGACUUCACAUCUAUGUUCAGGGUGCCUUAUCCAUUAUAUGCUGUAUUUAAAUAUUAAUCAUUGCUUUUAUAUUUUAAAAAAACUGCAGAUAAAUGGGAAAUAAAGUGACCAAAAGGAAGAGGUAGCUGGAAUAGCAAAAACUGAUUUUUGUAAUACAACAUUCAAAACAAAUCAUUUAAAAUAUUGAUCGUAAUUUUUAUAAACCAUUUCAUACUUACAUUUUUAUAUUUGAAGCUUCAAGACUCUGUUAAGUACUCACGUAAGAGCAUUGAGUGACAGGAAUUGGGAGGUCAUGUUGCAGCUGUACAGGACAUUGGUUAGGCCACUUUUGGAAUAGUGUGUGCAAUUCUGGUCUCCUUUCUAUUGGAAGGAUGUUGUAAGAGUUCAGAAAAGCUGUAUAAGGAUUUGAACUAUAGGCUGGGGCUGUUUUCCCUGGACUGUCAGAAUAGGAAAAAUUUCAGAGGGAUAUGGACCAAAUGCUGGCAAAGGAGACUAGAUUAGGUUAGGAUAUCUGGUCGGCAUGAAUGAGUUGGUCUGUUUCACUGCUCUACUGUUGUUCAAAAUUAAUGCGAUGGUUACCCUGGACAUUGUAGUCAAGUAGCAACUUGAAAGCAUUGAAAAUUAAUUGAACAUCCACUGACAAGAUUGUUGUAAUUCAAACUACAUCCAGGUGGUAGUAUAAUCCUUUGUCUUCACAUAUCUGAUGACUGAGCUGCUAAAUUUUGAUACACAUCAAUGUGUGUGGCAUUUUUAACCAACCUACUUACUUCUUUCAGGACUAUGAUACUACAGCUGUUGUUCUGAGCUUAUAAAGUUGCCCAUGGUAGUUGAGUAACGUAUGCUUGGUCAUGUUUUGAUGGAAAUUAAAUUCAUUGUAAUUAAUCCAGCUUCGUAGAAAGAGAGACGAAUUACUCAAUGCAAAAGAAAAACUUCCCUUUUGAUAUAGAAGUCCAAUUCUAUGUUAGGUGAAGAUUUCUACUGCAAAGAAAGGAAAUCUACAAGACCAUUUACCUUGCAGUUAUCACUUUACAUUGGGUCAUGAAAUAAAAUGUGUUAUACCUAGACAUUUUAGAAGGCAUCAUCAGUCAUUUGCAUAAUUGUUCUAGCAAGAUUCAUCACAAUUCUCUUAAAAAGCCACUGCUACAUAAUUCAAUCAAUUAACAAGACAUUAAUUGACUAUUGUUUGAAUCAGAGUUCAUGUCUUAUACUCUCUGUGAUGUUGUUUGCUCAGUUCUGAAGUGAGACCGAUUCGCAGUUAUUUUCCUAUAGUUACGUAAAAUGAUGGCACAUUUCUGCUGCAUCUGACCAUGCAGAUUAAGUUUCUUCUAAUCAAAACACUAUUCGCAGACAAAUGUGAACUGCUAUAAAUGUAAAUAUUUAAAAUUUCAUUUUUAAAAAAAUGACCAGACCAAAUUAUUUUGUCCUGAGGUAGAUGAAUUGAAAGUAUUGAUUGUAACAAAGGAAAACAGAUUGAUUUCCCUACAGCAACAAUGAUUUUGACUUUUUCUUCUCAGCUGCUUAUUAUUUCAUUGUACAGCCAGAGAGGAUUGAACAAUUUGGCUACAGUCUCCCCUGGUAUUGCUUCUGCCAAAAGAAACCAGUUAACAACACAGUAAGAUGAAAAAUAUUUUAAAAUAGAAUUUUUUUUACUAAGACAAAGUAAGAACAAUCCUGCAUUAAACAAGACACUCAAAAGUGAUCCACAUCUGAAAUUGAAUGUAUAUAUGUUCUCUUAAUGUGAAAUGGUUUUGUUGAGGGGUUUUGUCAUUUAAUAAAUUAUUUACUGGAUUGUGUUGUUGAAUUGAAAAUCAUUAGCUAAGAAUCUAAUUAAAUUGAGACCCAGAAGAUGAAUGAGCCCAUUAAAACAAUAAACUGAAUAAGAACACACAGAUUUGGAUAGGAAUGGAUCAGUCGGCUUCAAUAGCCUGCUUUAGCAUUCAGUAACAUCAUUGCUGAGCUGUUUGUGGCCUCGACUCUAUAUUCCAGCCUACUACUAAUAACUAGACACCCUUGUUAGUUAGGAAUGUAUCUAACACUUCCUCAAAAGUAUUCAAUGAUGAUGAAUAUUGAUUGUAAGCACAUUUGAAAAAUUCUAAAUAUUAUAUACAGUGCAAAACACUCCAUUGGGUGGCCUGCGAAUUAAUUCAAUGUUAAAACACCUGAAAACAUUCUGCUGUGAUUGUGAUGAAACUGCCUCUGCCCUUCCUACCUUGGUUAAGUUUAAGUAAUCCUUUUUGCUGAAUUAAAUUCCAAUUGAUCUUACUCCUGUUGCCCAAAUCUGCCUCGACAGCUUGGUUAACCACUUCCACCAUUCAGGGCACAAUGAGCCAGACCAAACCAUCCACAAAAAAGGCACAAAUUCCUUUAUGACAGUGGUGGAGCAGAUCUUUUCCCAUUGCAGGGGUGGGGUCAACAGCCGGGGGCACCAUCAUAUUUAUGGCUAAUAAGAAAUUGCUUGAUGCAGAGGGUGGUUAAUUUUGGAAUUGUCUUUUUUUCCUGCAAACCAAAUUCUCGUACAAUUUAGGCAGCAAACAUAUCCUGGAAAGAAAGCCAAAAAUCCCUCAACAGCAACAUAUUAUCAUUUAAGUGAACUAGCUGUGAACAUCUCCAUGUACAAACAGGAGUAAAGUACUUUGAUCAAAGAAUUGAAUGAUAAGUAGGCUCAAGUACAUUAUCCAGUUAUGAUAAGGAUAAACAGAUCAAUAUCCUUGAAUCACCUUGUAAGAGACGGUACAAACACAAGUAGUCAUGGCGAAUGUAUAUUAUUUUUACCCACUGAUCACACAGUUAAACAGUUCCAGGUAAUCGUCCAGAACUGAAGGGGAUAGGUUUAGGGUGAGAGAGGAAAGAUUUAAAAGGGACCUAAGGGCCAAUAUUUCCACACAAAGGGUGGUGCACAUGUGGGAUGAACUGCCAGUGGAAGUGGGAGGCUGGUACAAUUACAACAUUUAAAGGCAUCUGAAUGGGUAUAUGAAUAGGAAGGAUUUAGAAGGAUAUGGGCCAAGUGCUGGCAAAUGGGACUAGAUUAAUUUAGGAUAUCUGGUUGGCAUGGACAAGUUGGACCAAAGGGUGUGUUUCUGUGUUGUAUAACUCUAUGUCUAUGAGAAGAUAGUUGUGAAUCAUAAUAUUUGCCUUUUUUUUGACAUUAAAAUGUGAGGGUUUUUUUUGUCUGUCAUUUAUAUUGAUGCCCUUCCAUCAGUAAUGGGACUAUGAACCAUUAUUCCUUUAGUCAGCCCAGGGAAAAGUGCCUGUAAUUGAAUAGCUUGCACUGUCCAGUGCGAAUUAAAAUAUUUCUUCAUAUUGGGUUAUCGACAAAACUUCCCACAAUAUGAGAACCAGACACAUAGAAAAGCUGAGUAUAAACUGGGACUAAUAAAUUGGCUUUAGAUCAAAUUGUCAGAAUGAUGGCUGAUAAACUAAUAUAACAUUAUCUUGUGCUGAUUAUGAUUUCACAGCAUUCCAGUCAUUCAUAAAAUGUACUUGGGAUUUGUUGCACAUUAAAGAGAUCAUCAAAUGCUCUUUACAGUGCACACAGCUAUGUUCAUUUUUGUUAAGUACAGUAUUUUCAUAUUUGUGAGGUUGCUUAUGCAACUGCCAGUGUAUGAAUCCAUUUUUGUAUGUCUUCUGUGUUUGUUGCACAAGUCUGUACGUUUAUUGACUGCGUCAGUUAUAUAUUACUGUCUAAUGUCUUCGUCUAGCUUUUGUAUGUAUGCAAAUUAUAUUUCUAAAUUGUUGUAGUAAUUAUAUCUUGCAAAU